GCGGCGGCGGCGGCGGCGGCAGUACGCGCCUCCUCGGUCUUGGAGAGGACGCGCGCUGCAACGGGCGGGUGGCCGCAGCAGCGCGAGACCCGGAGCGGCAGGCCGGCGCCGGGACAAGGACGCGGGCGCCGUCGAGGAAGUAGGGCCCGGACGCGGUGUUCAACAAAGAGCCCCUCUCAGGCGGAGCUGCGGGCUGAGGCUCCAUGUUGGGAAGCGGCGCCGCUCGUCCUCGUUAGCGGGAAUCGGGGCGCCUCAGGCAGAGCCGGCGGGGGCCGGGCCCUGAGCGAAGAUGGAGGCCCCACUGCGGCCUGCCGCGGACAUCCUGAGGCGGAACCCGCAGCAGGACUACGAGCUCGUCCAGAGGGUCGGCAGCGGCACCUAUGGGGACGUUUACAAGGCCAGAAAUGUACAUACCGGAGAGUUAGCUGCAGUAAAAAUCAUCAAGUUGGAGCCUGGAGAUGAUUUUUCUUUGAUUCAACAAGAAAUAUUUAUGGUUAAAGAAUGUAAACAUUGCAACAUUGUUGCCUACUUUGGAAGCUAUCUCAGUCGAGAAAAACUGUGGAUUUGUAUGGAAUACUGUGGUGGCGGAUCACUUCAAGAUAUUUAUCAUGUUACUGGACCAUUAUCAGAAUUGCAAAUAGCCUAUGUAUGCAGAGAAACCUUACAGGGUCUUGCCUAUUUGCAUACUAAAGGCAAAAUGCAUAGAGAUAUCAAAGGUGCAAAUAUUUUAUUGACAGACCAUGGUGAUGUAAAAUUAGCUGAUUUUGGGGUUGCUGCAAAAAUAACAGCUACUAUAGCAAAGCGAAAAUCUUUCAUUGGCACACCUUAUUGGAUGGCUCCAGAAGUUGCAGCAGUAGAGAAGAAUGGUGGCUAUAACCAACUCUGUGAUAUCUGGGCUGUGGGAAUAACUGCAAUUGAACUUGGAGAACUUCAACCACCUAUGUUUGAUCUUCAUCCAAUGAGGGCUCUCUUCUUAAUGUCAAAAAGUAAUUUUCAGCCUCCAAAACUAAAGGACAAAACAAAGUGGUCAUCAACGUUCCAUAAUUUUGUCAAAAUAGCACUAACUAAAAACCCCAAAAAAAGACCAACUGCUGAAAGACUUCUAACACAUACUUUUGUUGGACAGCCAGGUCUCUCCAGGGCCCUGGCAAUUGAACUAUUGGACAAAGUAAACAAUCCAGAUAAUCAUGCACAUUACACUGAAGGAGACGAUGAUGAUUUUGAGCCCCAUGCAAUCAUUCGUCAUACCAUUAGAUCUACAAACAGGAAUGCCAGAGCUGAACGGACAGCUUCAGAAAUAAAUUUUGACAAAUUACAAUUUGAACCUCCUCUGAGAAAAGAAACAGAAGCACGGGAUGAAAUGGGAGUCUCAUCAGACCCAAACUUUAUAUUACAGUGGAAUCCUUUUGUUGAUGGUUCAAAUACUGGAAAAUCAACCUCAAAACGUGCAGUACCACCUCCCCUACCUCCUAAGCCAAGGAUAAACAGUUACCCUGAAGACAACCUCCCAGAUGAAGAAAAAUCAUCAACUAUAAAACGUUGCCCUGAUUCAGAGAACAGAGCUCCUCAAAUUCUCAGAAGACAGAGUAGCCCAAGUUGUGGUCCUGUAGCAGAGACUUCCUCUUUGGGUAUGGCUAGCAGUGUCUGCAGCCCUCGAGUGCGUACGGCUAGAUACUGUGAUCUGGGAAAUGGUGAUGGUAUUUCAAAACUGAUUAGUGAAAAUACAGAAGGAUCAGCACAAGCACCACAGUUACCUCGAAAAAAGGACAAGCGAGACUUCCCUAAACCAGCCAUCAAUGGUCUACCACCCACCCCAAAAGUACUGAUGGGAGCAUGUUUUUCAAAAGUUUUUGAUGGCUGUCCUUUGAAAAUUAAUUGUGCAACAUCCUGGAUACAUCCUGAUACAAAAGAUCAGUACAUUAUUUUUGGAACUGAAGAUGGUAUUUACACAUUGAAUCUCAAUGAGCUACAUGAGGCCACUAUGGAACAGUUAUUUCCACGGAAGUGUACUUGGCUGUAUGUUAUCAAUAAUACUUUAAUGUCAUUAUCAGAAGGAAAAACGUUUCAGCUCUACUCCCAUAAUCUUAUUGCUUUGUUUGAACAAGCCAAAAAGCCAGGAUUAGCUGCCCACAUUCAGACCCACAGAUUUCCAGACCGAAUACUGCCAAGAAAGUUUGCUUUAACAACAAAGAUUCCUGAUACAAAAGGCUGCCACAAAUGUUGUAUAGUUAGAAAUCCUUAUACAGGACAUAAAUACCUCUGUGGAGCUUUACAGUCUGGAAUUGUUUUACUUCAGUGGUAUGAACCAAUGCAGAAAUUCAUGUUGAUAAAGCACUUUGAUUUUCCUUUACCAAGUCCUUUGAACGUUUUUGAAAUGCUGGUGAUACCAGAACAGGAAUACCCUAUGGUCUGUGUAGCUAUUAGUAAAGGCACAGAAUCAAAUCAAGUAGUUCAGUUUGAGACAAUCAAUUUGAAUUCUGCAUCUUCAUGGUUUACCGAAAUUGGUGCAGGCAGUCAACAGUUAGAUUCCAUCCAUGUGACACAGUUGGAAAGAGACACUGUACUAGUGUGUUUAGACAAGUAUGUAAAAAUUGUAAAUCUACAAGGAAAACUAAAAUCAAGUAAGAAACUAGCCUCUGAGCUAAGUUUUGAUUUUCGCAUUGAAUCUGUAGUAUGCCUUCAAGACAGUGUGCUGGCUUUCUGGAAACAUGGGAUGCAGGGUAAAAGCUUCAAGUCAGAUGAGGUUACCCAGGAGAUUUCAGAUGAAACCAGAGUUUUCCGCUUAUUAGGAUCAGACAGGGUUGUCGUUUUGGAAAGUAGGCCAACAGAAAAUCCUACGGCACACAGCAAUCUCUACAUCUUGGCUGGACAUGAAAAUAGUUACUAAGCACCAAAAACUGAUCUCAAAUGACAGGGAAAUGAACAUACUCCAUUGAAAGCAAAAAUAUUUUAAGGAAAUUCAAUACAGACUGCACUAUGAUUUACUUUACCUGUUAUGGGUUAUAUCGCAAAUGUUCUGUACGUUAGGGUAGUAUUCAAUAUUUUCUGUAGCUGGAAACAGCUAGUCUAUCUCUUGCCACUAUGUGGUGGUUACAUCAAGUUUGCUUAAUAAAAGCUAUGAGACAAAUAGUCCUCUAGUUCCAGGAAACACAGUCUUUUUUAAAAUAAUAAUAAUAAUAAUGUUUGUAACAAGGGUGCCAUGGUAUUUUUAGAUAACUCAUGUGAUUAUCUUCAAUUUAGUGACCAUUUUAUCAUUUUAUACCAUGUUUUAUUCUUUAUUAAUGAACAUACUUUGAUAAAGAAAUUAUCAAACAAACCUUUCACUUAUACAUUGGCCAUUCUGUAUGUUUUUGUAAAAUAGAAUAUUUAAUCCUUAUUUAUUAAUCUCUUGCUGGAGUGGUUGGUGUAAUGUAUCUAACUUUUAGCAAAAAAAGGUUGCAGAGCAGCUUAAAUUUUUUUUAUAAUGUAAAAAAAUUUUGUUUACCUUUUAGAGUAGUACUUUAAGGGCUAAAGGCAAUGUGUUUGGGGGUUCAACACAUACGCAAUGUCAUUUAACAAAAGUAUUUCUUAAUACAAUUUCAUGCAGAAUUGCCUUAAAAGGGAUUUUUGUGUUCUCAACAACAAAUACUUAUAUAAGGGGUCAUUAAGAAAAUAAUGAUGAUGGUUGAAAUAUUCUUAGAAGGGUGUGUAUGGCAGGUGUGGCUACUAUAUGUAUGUAUUCUUGACAAACAGUAUAAUAUACCUGUGACUUUUUUUCAUUAGGGAUAAAUCAUAAGAAAUUAAUCUUCAUACAUAUUAUCAUCCCUAAUGUAGGGGGAGAAAAGUAUUUAACUACCCAUGUUAUAUAUUUUACUUAUACUAUUCCAGAAGGAGAGCUGUAAAGCAAUUACACAUGUAAUCUUGGGGUUGUCACAUAUGUAAAAAAGUAAUUUGUUUACUUUUUGAGUAGGUUUAAGAAAAAAAAUUAAUGAAAUUGGAUUUCUGAUGGGAUAAUAUGAAUAACUAUUAUAAAAAACAGUAUUCUAAAAAUAAAGAAUAGGGCUAUAAUUUAGUUUGUUUUUCUUUGGUAAUGUUAGUAUUCAAAAUUAAAGUAUUACAUUGAUACCUGUUGUCUUAAUGCAUUUAUUAAGAAUAAUUAGCAUUGAGAUGAUGAACAAGGAUUAAGUAGUAGCGAACGGUAGAAUUAUUCUGACCAGUUACUUGAGAGGAAAACAAUAUAACUAUCUCAUUCAAUCUUCAGCUGUUCUGUAAAAUAAAUAGUAUCAUUACUGUUUUUCAAGUGAGGAAAUAAGAUUUAGCAAGGUUAAGCAACUUUAUCAAGUUCAUACAAAUUAGUUGUUGAGCCAGACUAUGAGUCUUCUGACUCUGUUCAUUUCACUAGGCUAUAUGUAAACAAUAAAAUGUUUUACAAGUGAAAUAUAAAGUAUUUGUUCUUUAAAAAUGCAC